AUGACAUCAGUGGACUCAAGCACUGCGACGUCAUCCAGCUCGCUGAUCAGCACUCUCGUCUCCAUCGCGAGCAGCACUCUAGAAUCCACAGCGUCCAGCACUUUCGCUUCAACCACUUCCGGUACUCUUGCAUCUACCGCGGCCAGCACUUUCGCGUCAACCGCUUCCGGUACUCUUGCAUCUACCGCAUCCAGCACUUUCGCGUCCACAGCGUCCAGUACUCUCGCGUCCACGGCAACCAGCACUCUCGCUACCAUGGCAACCACCAUGGCGUCCACCUUCGCGUCAGACGGCAACACCACCGAGCCGAUUCUUCAAGCCACUGAGCGCAGUCUCAGGGAGCUCAACUACUACUUUGACGCUCUCGUCCUCAACAUGGACCAGUUCUACCAGCUCGUCUUUGGCAUCAUGAUCCUGUUGUUGACCAUGGGCUUUGCUUUUAUCGAAGCUGGAAGUGUAAGGAGUAAAAACACCCACAACAUUCUACUCAAGAACUACCUCGACUCAUUCGUGGCAGGCAUUUCCUACUGGGCUAUCGGCUGGGCGUUUGCCUACGGUUACGGCAACGGCUUCAUAGGUUGGAAGGAAUGGGCGUCGUCCUACGUGCCCAACGAGAGCAUGUCCAACUACUUCUACCAGCUCAUGUUCGCCUCCACGGCCUGCACCAUCGUGUCUGGAGCUUUGGCUGAGAGAUGUGAAUUUAUCGCUUACUUGAUUUACAGUUUUCUGCUAACUGCCUUUGUCUAUCCGCUGUGUAGUCGAUGGGGCUGGUCACAGUACGGCUAUCUGCACAUCGGCCACGACUUUGAUAUUGAUGGCAAGAUCAUGCAUGUCAAAUACGAGGAUUUUGGUGGUAGCGGUGUGGUCCAUUUGGUAGGCGGGACAUCAGCUUUCGUAGGAGCAGCCAUUCUCGGGCCUCGUAUUGGAAGAUUCCACAAGGAGACCGGGGCUGUUAUUCCAAUUCGCGGUCACUCAGUCCCACUUGCUGGGCUUGGUGCCUUCGUCCUUGUGUUUGGGUUCAUGGCCUUCAACGCCGCUUCAGAGGGUCACAUCACCCACCCCGGGGACGGGGCCGCCAUCAGUAUGGCAGUCUUCAACACGGCCAUCUCCUCCAGUAUGGGGGCCUUCACCUCCAUGUUUGCUCACAAGGUUGGACUCUUUGGCCACCACUGGAGUAUUCUUAGCGUGAUCAACGGAGCUUUCGUUGGCAUGGUGGCAAUCUGUGGUGGGUGCAACUCUAUGAAACCCUGGGGUGCCGUCAUCGUAGGUUUUGUCGCCGCCAUCGUCAUGAACUGUAUCGAGGUGCUACUACAGAAGUGGAAGAUUGAUGACCCUUUGAAUGCAGUCGGAGUCCAUUUUGGAGGUGGUGCCUGGGGUGCUUUAAGUGUGGCCUUUGUCAAAUAUCCCACUGGUAUCCUAAUGGCCUGGGAUAAGCACUCGGGAUGUAUGCUGGCCUGGCAAUUGGCAGGUGUGUGCACCUUCUUUAUCUGGACACUUGGAACAAUGACCAUCGUGUUUGGCUCUCUGCGACUUCUGGGUCUAUUUAGGGUCACACCUGAAAUGGAAAUGAAAGGUCUGGACAUCCCCAAGCACGGAGAGCCCGCCUACCCACUGGAAGCCUACGGACACGGGUACUUCGAGAAGAUUCUGGCCGUGGUUGAAAACGGUCAACUGUCUCAGGUGGAUCAAGGAUACGACAGCGGCAUCUACGUCAAAGACGAAGGUCCUUACGAGCACCCAGAGGUCAAGGUCAUGGGCAUACACCACGUGAACAGGGUCCCUUCCAUGAUCGAACUGGACUCCAUCAACAAGCUCAAAUCGGUCAAAAACCCGGAGCAACUCGAGAAAAUCAAACGAUCCAUCUCAUCGGCGUCGCUGUCACCCUCAUCACCCACCACCAAGGCGGACCCCAAGUUUAACUGGGGCCCGGGGCGUAUCCUCUCCGAGCACGGGUACGUCAACAAGGGGCUGGAUCUCCACGGGGAGCCUAACAGCGGGGUGCGUUUGGAGCAUAUGGAGAGGACAGCGCUGUAGCGCGUUAAAAAAAAGUUAAAGCCGCGAGUUCGAAUUUUUUUUUUCAAUGUUCUAUUGUUGAAAGUACACAUCACUGUGAUUACGAGAUUACCAUGUUUGUUUGGUUGGAUUUUUUAAAUAUAUAU